AUCUCCUCCAGCAACACUUUCAUACACAUCUCCAGCCUCGACUUCAUUCAUUCGCCUCCAUCCUCAAUCAGACUAUCGUUCAGCCUCCUCUCAAGAUGCACUCUCCAAUGCAAUUCGCGGCUCUGGCCAUGUUCGCCCUCAGUGGCAUGGUCUCUGCUGUGCCUGGCAAGUCCAGUACUACCGUCACGCCCCCAUCUUAUGAGACUACCACUCCUCCUCCACCUCCUCCACCAUAUGGCGGUAGCACUACUACCUCGUCUACGAAGAAGACCACUACCACGUCCAAGUCCAGCUCCACGACCAAGUCCACCUCCACGACCAAGUCCAGCUCCACGACCAAGUCCACCUCCACCUGCGCCGUGAGCACCAGCAUUUCCACUUCCGUUGGAGAGUCUCCCUACACCACCGUCAAGUCCACCACGGCCUACGUCCCCAAGACCAUCACGUCCAUCGUCACCAAGACCACGACCAAAGAUGUCCCCUUCACCACGGUCAUUACUGGCGAUAAGCCCAAGACCAUCAUCGUCACCAAGACCAUCCCGCAAACCACUCAGACCGUCAGCAAAUCGACCACCAAGAUCCCCAAGCCCACCACUGAAUACAAGACGACGGUCAUCACCACCGUCGUUCCCGUCGUCAAAACCGGCUACUCCGAAAGCGUAGUCACCGUCACCAAGCCGGUGACCAAGACCAUUACGACUACCGAGACCUCGAUCUCGACCGGCAAGGGCGAGACCACCUCGACUGGUACCAAGAAGACGACCGCCACGGAGACCAAGGCGGAGACCUACACCACUUCCACCAAGAGCGUCGGCAGCACGACUGUGGUUACCAAGAAGCCAUUCACCACCACCAAGGUCUCCACCGUCACCGUCUGCGGACCACCAGGCUACGGAUACUAGAGGGUGUGAGGAGAUGAGCAGAUCUGGCCACGGCCAAUAAUUGGAGGCGACGGGCUCCUCGGGGAGCGGAGAGAGUGCAGUACAUAAAAGCGGCAAUAGUGCAGAUGGACAACCGGCGCGGAUGAGAUUUUCCGAAGAAUGACCUUCACGACACUCCUUUUUAGCUAGAAUAGACUAUCCUUCAAGCAAACAUCAAUUUUGGG